AUGUCCCAUCCAGAACCACAGAAGCGCUCGAAAGGAAAACAUCCUCAGCUGCAACAGCAUCCUGACCUAGCAGACGAUACAUCCUUCAAGCGGCUCGGAUCCGGGGCCGGGCUCCAAUCAGCCACCACCGUCCGGCCAAGGGAUAAGAUACUGGCGGCAUGUGCGGGAGGAUGCUUGACAAGCUUGACGAUGACUCCGUUGGAUGUCGUCAAAACUCGCCUGCAGACCCAGUCGCAACCUUUUCCGGGAAUAGCCUAUUAUCACUCAACAACAACAACAACGGCACUCAACCAUAUCAUCCAUGACCAUCCCCUCUCCCAAGCCUAUCCUAGCCGACCUUCUCCUCCGUCCAAUGGGACCCUAGCCACCCUUCUCCAAAUUGUUCGCUUCGAGGGCAUCGGCUCGCUGUGGCGAGGGAUCGCGCCUACCCUGAUGAUCACCAUCCCAGCCCAGGCAAUUUAUAUGCUCGGAUACGACAUGCUCCGUUCGGCCUUUCUCGAGCUAGUCCCGCCAACUGGCCGCGAAGGCCUCUCAUCGGCGUCCUCCUUCGCCGCCGUCAUCCCGCUCCUCUCCGGGGCCAUGUCUCGUUCGUUGGUCGUCGCACUCUUCUCGCCGCUCGAGCUGAUCCGGACGCGGCUCCAAUCAACACCGGUAGCCCGCCCGCAGCUGCUCCGGCUUGCGCCGUUCGACCCGAACGGCCGGGGUGGCGUGGCGAGUCCGCGCCCGAUACUCGGCACGCUACUAAGCUCAGUGCGCUCGACGGGUCUCCGAACUCUCUACACAGGACUUCCAGCGACGCUGUGGCGGGAUGUGCCUUUUAGCGCCCUUUACUGGUCCUCAUACGAGGCCUCCCGACGGAUCCUCAGCGGUGGACUCGGCUUCGGCGAGGCUGAUAGUCGGGCUAGCGUCCACCAGCUUGCCCUCCAGAGCUUCUUCGCCGGCUCCCUCAGCGGCGCUGUCGCCGCUACUCUCACUAACCCCUUCGACGUCGUCAAAACCCGCAGACAGGCUUCCCCUUACUCGCCUUCCUCAUCCUCCCACACUCCAAGGCCCCCUGGGACUAUCCGUAUUAUCCUUCAGAUCGCUCGCUCUGAAGGCAUUAGAAAUGGACUCAUGAGAGGCCUCUCGCCCCGGCUGGCUAAAGUUAUCCCCGGCUGUGGAAUCAUGAUCGCCUCGUAUGAAGGACUCGCUCAAGUACUCUCAAAGUACUAG